AUGAGGUUUACUAAUUCAUUAUAUUCGAUUAAAAAUAAUUCAAUAUUUGAUAUGAAUUAUUUAAAAAUAGAUAACUCUGGGAAUUAUAAUUUUGGAGAAGAGAAAAAUAAAAAUAAAAAUGCUAAAAGUUGUUUUAAAUCAUUAUUAAGCAAGCCUAUUGUUAUGAUAAUUGCUGGAAUUUUAUAUAUAGUAAUUUUGAAUGUUUGUAUGAGGGAGAGAAAUUUUAAUUACGAAGUACAAUUCAGUAAUAGGUACUCAAGGAAAUUGUGUGAAAGGUUUAUUUAUUAUAAUCCUAAUGUUCAAGGAGUUUAUCCUGAUAUGUUUAUUGCAUCUAGUUCACAAACUUAUUCUGAUGGAAGUGAAUAUGAUGUAAUGAAAUAUGCUAAUAAAGUAAUUAAAGAUUUAAAGGAGCACGACUUAUGGAAUGAUCAUAAUAAAGUACCUUAUACUAGUGUAUAUAUGGGUGUUUCUGUUCAAGAUAUUGAUUAUAUAUUGGAUAAAAAAAUAGAUAAUCUGGAUUUAUAUGAUGAAAAUAUUAUAGAUUCUAUGAAAUAUAUAUGGAAUGAAGUAAUGGACAAAGAGAAGAAACGAUUUUUAGGUUUAAAAAAUGUGUUACGUAAAUAUCAAGAGGAAUUCCCAAUUAAUAAUACUGUCAUUAAUAAUUAUAAUAAGAAGAAAUUUGAUAAGUGUUAUGAACGUAUAGAUUUAGGUGCAGAUAUUAUUGAAAAUGGCUUGAAUAAAAUGUUAAGUAAAUGUAUAAAGAAAAAUGUUUUAGAUAAAAAUCAAUAUAAAGUUUUGGUAACAGCAAAUAGAUUUUUAUGGAGAAAAUCACUUUUAGAUGUUCAAGAAGAAUGUAAUGUAAUACUUCAGUUACCUACCGAAGUAUCUAAGUUACCCAAGAAAAAAAAAUUAAGAAAUAGAAGAAAAUCAAAUCCUAAUAAUGAAAUAUCUUUAAGAACUUAUGGGCAAAGUACAAAUCCUCAAGUAUAUAGACGACCAAAUUACUAUCCAUCAAAUUCUGCACCACACGUAAUUGAUUACAUUUAUAAAGUAGGAUAUGGAGACAAUGCUGACGAAGAUGUUGAUAAACAUAUUGAAUAUUUAGUGGAAAGAAUGGCUGAAGAAGAAGCUGAAAGAAUCGCUGAAUUAUCCGUAGAACCAUAUAUUGAAGCUUUAGAAGCAUCUUAUGACGCUAUUGCUUACAGAAAUGCACAAAAUAGAAUACAAAAAAUACCUAAAAAGAAUCCUGAAAUGUUAACUGAAAAUCAGAUAAAUGAAGAAGAAAAUGAAAAUACAAAAGUAGGAGGUGCAAAUACAAAAGUAAGAGGUGAAAAUAAAAAAGUAAGAGGUGCAAAUAAAAAAGUAAGAGGUGCAAAUAAAAAAGUAGGAAGUAAAAAUACAAAAGUAGGAGGUGAAAAUAAAAAAGCAGGAAGUUCAAAUAAAAAAGCAGGAAAUGAAAAAGAAAAAGCAGGAACUGAAAAUAAAAAAGCAGGAACUGAAAAUAAAAAAGCAGGAACUGAAAAUAAAAAAGCAGGAACUGAAAAUACAAAGGACAAAUCUGGAAAAGAAAAUAAAAAAAAAAAUUGA